CUGUCCCGGGCCGGGGACGGAAGUUGCAGCCCCGUACUUUCAGUUUUGUUUCCCUCGCAGGCAGGCAGUCGGCUGCCGGCCGUCGCGGGAUUUCGGGGCUCCCCGGGCCCUGCUGCCAGAGUCCAAGUUCAGCAGUGGCUGGAUUAUUCCAUCUCUGAGGCCUGGGGCCUUCCUGGUCUCAUUUUUUCCACAGGAUCAGCGCUACCGACAGCUUUUGCAUGUUUACAUUUGGCUGAGUGUAAAGAGGACGAAGUGGAAGAAAGACCUCCUUCCCCUGGUAUCCAGUGUCUCCCAGAAGCCAGAACUUCCCAACCUUCCAGUAUGGUCUCCAAAGUCUCCUCCCCUACUCUGCUGGAGGCUCUGAGCAGCGAUUUCCUAGCCUGUAAAAUCUGCCUGGAGCAGUUACACAUGCCCAAGACACUGCCAUGCCUACAUACCUAUUGCCAGGACUGUCUGGCCCAACUGGACGUCGGUGGCCAGGUCCGCUGCCCCGAGUGUCGGGAGAUUGUGCCUAUUCCUCCCGAGGGUGUGGCCGCCUUCAAGACCAACUUCUUUGUCAAUGGGCUUUUGGACCUCGUCAAGGCCAGGGCUCCCGGAGACAUGCAUUCGGGGAAGCCCACCUGCGCUCUGUGCCCUCUGGUGGGAGGCAAGAGCUCUGGAGGGCCCGCCACAGCCCGGUGCCUGGACUGCGCGGACGACCUAUGCCAGGCCUGUGCCGACGGGCAUCGCUGCUCCCGCCAGACCCAUAAGCACCGAGUAGUUGACUUGGUGGGUUACAGAGCCGGGUGGUAUGACGAAGAGGCCCGCGAGCGCCAGGCAUCCCAGUGUCCCCAGCACCCGGGGGAAACCCUCCUCUUCCUAUGCCAACCGUGUUCUCAGCUCCUCUGCAAGGACUGCCGUCUGGGGCCGCAUCUGGAUCACCCCUGCCUGCCCCUGGCGGAGGCAGUGCGCUCCCGGAAGCCGGGCCUCGAGGAGCUACUGGCUGGUGUGGACAGCAAUCUGACUGAGCUCGAGGCCACCCGGGUGGCAGAAAAGGAAGCCUUAGCCCAGCUGCGGGAGCAGGCAGCCAGCGUGGGGGCGCAGGUGGAGGAGGCGGCUGAGCGAGUCCUCAAGGCCCUGCUGGCCCAGAAGCAGGAAGUGUUGGGACAGCUCCGGGCCCAUGUGGAGGCUGCCGAGGAGGCUACCAGGGAGAGGCUGACCAAGAUCGAGGGCCAGGAGCAAGUGGCCAAGGCGGCCGCAGCCUUUGCCCGCCGAGUGCUCAGCCUGGGUCUGGAGGCGGAGAUCCUUUCGCUGGAGGGGGCCAUCACGCAGCGCCUGCGCCAGCUUCAAGACUGUCCCUGGGCCCCCGGGCCUACCCGCUGUCUGCUGCCCAAGCUGGAGCUCCAUCCUGGGCUCCAGGACAAGACCUGCCACCUGCUUCGACUCUCCUUUGAGGAGCCAAAACCGUCCCAGCAGGACAAUGCGAAGGGUGGAGCCGGGACCCAAGGAGGAGAUGAGGCUCCCAGCCAAGGCGAGGAGAGAGCCAAGACGGGGAAGCAGGGUGGAACCCAGCCCCUGUGCAAGGAUGGAGCCUCAACUCCCAAAGAAGGCAAAGCCCAGAGCUCCCAAGAGGAUGACGAGGUCCAAAUCGAAAGGGGUAACAGAUCUAACAAGAAGAAGAAGGGCAAAGGGCGGGGCAAGCCCGUUUCUCGGGAGCCCAGCCCCAUCCUGAGGCCAAACCUAGAAGGUUCAAGCCUCCUCCCUCGGCCUGUUUUCUCCUGGAGUUUCCCCACCAGGAUGCCCGGAGACAAGCGUUCCCCGCGCAUCACCGGGCUCUGUCCCUACGGCCCCCAGGAGAUCCUGGUGGCGGAUGAGCAGAACAGGGUCUUGAAACGCUUCUCCCUCAAUGGCGACUACAAGGGCACAGUGCCGGUGCCCGAGAGCAGUUCCCCAUGCAGUGUGGCUGCCCUGCAGAACGCAGUGGCUUUCUCCGCCAAUGCCAGGCUCUACCUCGUCAGUCCCGAGGGGGAGGUUCAGUGGCGAAGAUCCCUGAGCCUCACCCAGUCCAGCCACGCCGUGGCCGCGAUGCCCUGUGGAGACCGGGUCGCCGUCAGCGUGGCAGGCCACGUGGAGGUGUACAAGAAGGAUGGCAGCCUGGCCACCCGGUUUAUCCCUGGAGGCAAGGCUAGCCGGGGCCAGCGGGCACUGGUGUUCCUGACCACCAGCCCCCAGGGCAAUUUUGUAGGGUCCGAUUGGCAGCAAAACAGCGUGGUUUUCUGUGAUGGGCUAGGCCAGGUGAUAUGGGAAUACAAGGGCCCUGGUUUACAUGGCUGCCAGCCAGGUUCUGUGUCCGUGGAUAAGAAAGGCUACAUAUUUCUGACCCUUCGGGAGGUCAACAAGGUGGUCAUCCUGGACCCCAAGGGGUCACUUCUUGGUGACUUCCUAACAGCGUAUCAUGGCCUGGAAAAGCCCCGGGUAACCACCAUGGUAGACGGCAAAUAUCUGGUGGUGUCCCUCAGUAACGGGACUAUCCAUGUGUUUAGGGUCAGGUUUCCCGACAGUUAAGGGGGCUCAGGGCUGGGAUGGGGGGGAAGGGGCAGGCGGGAAGGGAGGGAGGUGACGAAGCCGAGGGCAUUUUCCCAGCUGGCAGAAUGCUUGCUCCUUCUGUGAUUGAUGUCUAGGGAUAGAAGAUUCCAAGAGCGGUAGUGGUGAUGUGUCCAUAAUCUCAGGAGCACACGGCCGGUGCCUGAAGUCAACCAAACCGCUUGCUUUUCAAUGAUGCCCGCAGCUGCGGCUGCUGCUGUGUAGUUUAGGUGUCUUGAGAUUUAUAAGUGAUUCUUGAUUUGUAGUCUUCAAAACCAUUCCUGAGAUGGGGUCAUGACUCUGUAGAGCACUGGCCUAGAACUCACAAAUGAGGGUCUGGGGAGCGGGGGUGUGGCUCAAUAGUAGAGCGCCUGCCUAGAUUCUACCAAUGAGGAGUGGGGGCGUGGUUCAGGGCUGGAGCACCUGCCCAGAAUCCCCCAGUGAGGGCCUGGGGGCGUGGCUCAGUGGUAGAGGGCUUGUCUAGCCUGCAGGAAGUCCUGAGGUCAAUUCCUAGAUGUUCCCUCCUCCUUGGGGGGAAAAAGACUGAUGGAGUGGAUGAAAGAGAGUCUCCUAGAGAGAUGACUUGUGUCAUUCUCCAAGCAAAGAAAGACCCAGCAUAUGUCAAGACGUGGUGGAAAUGGGGUGAAAACUGGCCAUUCUCACAGGGGCACAUGGGGUCACAGGAUGCCAGAGAUCUCAGAAUGGCGAUAACGUUGCCGUGUUCUGCCAACCACCACCAGGGCGUCGAGACUCCCUUAGUGAAGGACUGGGGUGGGUUUCAAGGUGUCAGAGGUCAGAGAGUGCAGGUACAAUCGGAGAGGCUAUAGAUGUGAGGUUAAAGCCAGAUGUGGCAACACAGCACGCCUGUAAUCCCAGCACUUGGGAAGCUGAGGCAGGAGGAUCACACAUGUGAGCUUAAGCCUGUGCUGCCUGCAGAGACUGUGUGUAAAAGGCUGGACUCCUCUCCCAACUCUCAAGCACCAGUCUGUCUCACAGAAGCUCCAUCUCUGGUGGCCACAUGUUCAGCUGGAUCAGUGAGGAUGCCCACUGUGAGGGGAGCUUAACCCUCCUAGAGGGUGGCUGAGCGGUGUCAGCAUCAACGCUGGUGGGAUCCUGUCCAGAGAGGUGUGCAUGGGCAGGGCUGUGACUUUGUGAUUGUCCUCCAGUGCUCCACCAUGUGCACGGACUGCAUCAUCCUGCCCUUCAGUGCCCACAAGCCAGACAUCUCGCGAGUUCUCAGACACCAGCAAGGCCCCCAGAAACCGUGACAAUAAGACCCACGUGGUGCCGAGUAAGGCUCACUGGAUUGAGAUGCAGCAGCUGACGGAAUGAGGGGUGCUUGUGGUUGCUGGUGAAGCCCAUCGACCUCCCUCCCGAGGUGGUCCAAGUUUACAUCAACUGGUGCUGGGCUGAUGACCAAGAAGUUCUUUAGGGCAGGAGAGCAGAAUCCUUUCAAAUAUACCAGUCCGCCCUGAACUGCCGCCCUCAGGAAGCCCAGUGACCCAGUGAGUGGCCAGGCUGGCCAAGGUCUGUGCCUGCAUCAUCCAUCCCCUCAAAAAGGAGAUGCCCAAUGUCUUCAGAAGACAGAGUAAAUGUCAGAAGAUGGUAAGGGAGCAUCAGAUCCUUCCUGGUCAUUGUCCUGGGCCUUGGGAAAAUGCAGGGACUCUAACAGACCCAGGACUUCAGCACAUUUCAAGCCUUGGAGUCCUAGAAGCGGGACAUUGUGGACGGUGUGCUGGCCAGUGACCUCACCUGGACGGUGGUGAGGGUGGGUCUGGAGGACUCCCUGACCGCUGCCCUGCAGGCUGUGAAGGGUGGCGACCUCGAUGGCGCUGUGAACGUGUGGGCAUGUCUACAGUGAGCAUGAACGAUGUUGAGUAGGUGCCUGGCUAGGACAAGACGACCUACGAGAUCUGCACACACACCCCAGCCCUUCCCCUGCCAUCGCCUGCAAGAUCACAGGCACCGACACCAAGAAAGACCGAGAAUCCUGGUUUGCCUAACAGCGCUGGCCGAGCACCUCACCCAGGUAAAGUUGGAGGACCGCCAGCGGCCCACCGCCCUGCCCCCACACCUCAGCUCACCUUAGCAGAGGCACAGAUGACCCCCAGAGCUGCUGGUGCUCCCCCCAUCUCUGCACUGGGGUGGGGGUGGGGGCAGAGAUUAAGGGAGGAACAGUGUCACCGCAUUUCAAGGUCCAUAAAGACUCAGCCAUGUUUCCUUAGCCCUCAAAUAAGAGAAACACCAUAUUUCUUUUAAGGCCAUUAUGGGGCUCAGCGGGGAAAUGGUAGUGAUGGUUGGAUGCAAACAGUGGGAUUUUAUACUCACAAAAAAACGUGGGAUCUUUAAUAUAGAAUGUUAGAGAUAUAUAUAUAAAAAGAAAACAGCUAAACACAGUUGAGCCAAUCAGAAGAGACAUUUAAAUAGGGUAUGAAAGCUCCAUAAUCUAAUACCUUUCUGAUGCUUUCUGUAUGUUUCCAAGAAUCUUAUUUAUUGCUUUUCCUUAGCUUUCUGAGCAAAAUUCGCUUUCAGAAAAUUUUCGCCUUUAUGUGAAUGAAGUAAAGUGACGGGAUGGGUGAGGGGGGGAAGCCACUGAAGCCUAAAGGCCAGGAUGGGAUUGGGGUGCCAAGCAGAAUCUGGGGAGUCACCGUAGGGGCACGGGAGGGGGGACCUACGAUGGGGAGGGUGUAAAAAUCUAGAGAGGGAUACAGUUGGAGGUAAACAGUAGCUACCACGGUCCUUUGAUCUGUGGUGGCAGCUUCGGAACGGAGAUGGUAGAGAUGACGUGUGUGGCACGUGGAGAAAUGACGCUGAAGAGAAACUUAGGGGAUGGCGAUGACGCAGGGCGUGUGGGAUCCAGGGGGCUUUGGGACAGGUCCGGAUGGAAAGUUUAGGGGUAGAGAAAGGAUGUCUUUUUCUGGGAGACACAUUUCCUGUUUGUAGAAACCAGCACAGGAAAUCACCAAUGUCCAGAUGAUCAACUCUGAGCACAUAUAAAUUUUAAACGCUGGACAGGGUGGGGCGAGUCUGUGAUCCCAGGACUCAGGAGAUGGCAGCAGACUUGUGAGCCGGAGGCCAGCCUAGGCUCCGCAGUAAGACGCUCAGAAACAAGAAGCAGAUGAGGCUGUAGUCUCUGUUGGCAGAGUGCCUACCUAGCGUACUCGAAGCUCUGGUUUGAUUCCCAGCACUGAAUAAAAACAGGUCUAGUACAUACCUGUACGCCUAGCAGGAGAAUCAGAAGUUCAAGGUUAUCCUUGGCUAUAUAGCAAAUUCAGAACCAGCCUAGGCUACACGAGACCUUGGCUCUAAAAACAAACAAACAAGCAAAAAAAUCUAAAACAGAUCUAAAGAUACAUGCACAGCAAAGUACAAAGGAAGACAUGGAAGCCAGUAGGAUCACAAAACAACAUGGAGUUUCGAUUUGAUCAGGAAAAACGGAAUCACCAGUGCACCCCUUAAAAAAAGAGACCUGUUUGGACAAAGACAAAAUAGUUCACGCACCCAGGACGGGGCGGGGGGGAGGGGGGUAUCUACUAGCAAGGACUGGUAAAAUGAAAAAGAAUUUGCUAAAUAAAACCACUGGCAUGCGCCAGAGAUAAAGUUAAAAAUGUGUUCUGAAGAAACACGUAGAUUCCUGGCACUGUAAACCGAUGCCUCCCGGAGAGACAUUUGGCAAUAUUUGCCACAGGUUUGUUUUUUUUUUAAAUGAUUGUAAAACUACAUUAAUCUCAGCCUGCCUAGAAUCCACCGGGGGCUGAGAGCUGAAGGGUCCGUCUAGAAUCCCCCAGUGAGUGGCGCAGUGGGGGAGUGCUUCCUUGAUUCCUGUCCCCUCUCUAGCACGGGGGCGGGGGGGGGGGGUGAUAUGUUAUCCCACUUUGGGGAAUACAUUCUGGAGAAUUAAUUCAGGGGCAGAAAAAUGUUUGCUGUUAUUAACUGGAAACUAACUGCCCCAUGGUGGGGUGACGGCUGAGUAGGCUGUGGGUCUGUCGGAAGAAUGAAUUCAUGUGGAUAACAACUAUGAAAAGUAUUUGGAAGAAAUAAAUGGUAUGUGGUGCAGUCAUCAGGGGAGAGAAGAGAGGGAGUGGGGGGCUGGGGAGCCGGCUCAGUGGGUAAGAACGCUUGCUAUACAGGUGCGAGGACCCGAGUUCGAAUCCCCGGCACCCACACAAAAAGCCAGGUACCAGAGCUAUAAGGGGGGUGGGGGGGGGAGGGGCAGAGUCAGGGCUUGGUUGCUGCCAGGCUAGCUCCAGGUUCAGUGAACGACCUUGUGUCGAAGUUAUAGGUGGAGAGUAACAGGGAAGGACACUUGGUGUCCUCUAGACCUUGUGCCUGCCUGCACACACAAGAAAAGAGGGUGGUUGACUGGAGCGUUCUGACUGCACAAUGUCAACAGGUGAGAUACGUCUGAAUAGCUACCGAGCAGACAAUGGAUUCCUAAUCUGUAAAUAGCCAGUGAUUUCGGAGGUUACGUCUUUUUGAGUUAUUUUGAGCUGGUAUUCACAUCUGCACAUUUCUUUUUCAGUGAGUAUUAUAUGCUUGAGUACUUCAAGAAAAUAUGCUUCUAUAAAUACUAUUUAAGAAUAACUAACCACUGGGCCAGAUGUGGUAGUGCGCUCCGGGAACUCUAGCACGUAGGAUGAGGGCCGGAGGAGGAUUGUUAUUUUGAGUUAUUGUGGGUGGGCUCCACAGGGGACAGGAUGGCUGUGAAGUUCCCAGCGUUCGUUCCGGAAGUCUGGCUGAAUUCUCCCGACCCAUCCAGACCAAGUGGUGGGGUCACAGAACGGGGUGCGAUCCGAGGAGCUGGAUGAAGGCCCAGAUAGUGUGUGUGUUGCCCCGAGUCUCUUCAGGUAGCGUGAUAGCCAACUGUAAGUCUCAAUAAACGUCUGUGAAAUGAAUUAACGUGUAGAGAGGGGGUCAGACUGUUCGGCCACAGCCUUUUAAGCCAAAUUGUGUAGAAAUCGUGGCUGAUGGGAAGUCUCCAGUAGGGGGCACUGUUGCGCCUCCUAAGGCAAGACUUCAAAAACAGAGGAUUGUGGUUUUCCAGCUUCUUUUAGGAGAAGGGGGAGUAAGGGACAAGAUUCUAGGGGCUCCUGUGCUGUUUUGGGUAGCGGCAGUGCUGCAGAGGCGCACGGGAACCUGGGGGGGGGGGGCGCUAAUUCAGUGAGAGGCCUUUAGAAGUGGAGCCAGGCCUGAUGUGCAGCAAGUUGGGAGGCUGAGGCAGGAGAAUAGGAGAUUGAAGUCCUGCCUCUGUAACUUGGCUAGACUAUAUUUCAGAGUGAGAAAUAAAGAGUGCUUAGGGAUAGAGAGCCUGCCUAGAAUCCCCCAGUGAGGGACUGGGGUGUGGCUCAGUGGUAGAGCGCCUGCCUAGAAUCCCCCAGUGAGGGACUGGGGUGUGGCUCAGUGGUAGAGCGCCUGCCUAGAAUCCCCCAGUGAGGGGCUGGGGUGUGGCUCAGUGGUAGAGCACCUGCCUAGAAUCCCCCAGUGAGGGGCUGGGGUGUGGCUCAGUGGUAGAGCACCUGCCUAGAAUCCCCCAGUGAGGGGCUGGGGUGUGACUCAGUGGUAGAGCACCUGCCUAGAAUCCCCCAGUGAGGGGCUGGGGGUGUGGCUCAGUGGUGGAGCACCUGCCUAGAAUCCCCCAGUAAGGGGCUGGGGGUGUGGCUCAGUGGUAGAGCCCCUGCCUAGAAUCCCCCAGUGAGGGGCUGGGGUGUGGCUCAGUGGUAGAGCACCUGCCUAGAAUCCCCCAAUGAGGGGCUGGGGGUGUGGCUCAGUGGUAGAGCACCUGCCUAGAAUCCCCAAGUGAGGGGCUGGGGUGUGGCUCAGUGGUAGAGGUUUAAGUAGUAUGCAUGUGGUCCUGGAUUCAAUACCCAGUGCCAGGAAGAGGGAGGUACCUGGUCUGAAAGAGAAUCCCACAAAUGCUUAAGAGACAGAACCAAGGGCUUCGGGGGACCUUGGAAGAUGAAGGGAAGUGUGAACUUAAAGGGGUGAGGAUUGGAAGGCACCGCACACUAGAAUGUGGAGGGUGAGGGAAGGGGUGGCCUUGAGCAUAAUUUGGAAGUAGAAAUCCACACCUUAACUGACCUGUGAUUCCUGGUGGAUCCCACCCAGACUCAGAAUCAUUCUUUGUCUUCAACCAAUAUCUUAACCACAUAGCAACUACUUGAUCAAUCAUUCUCUUCCUGAUUGGAACAGUCCAGGUUGUAUGUGAUUGGGGACAGGCCGAUGUUGUUUGGGGAGGGAGGCAAGGCAACAGAGAACAUGUCUGUGUUUUUUUAUAUUCAAAUGGCUCUGCUCCUUCAUUGGAGUAGGCCUGAAUGGGGGGAGUUGCAAACAUGUGUUGUGACAUACAGGACCAAGAGCUGGGCGUACCUGUAACCCCAAUGCUGGGAAGGCUGAAGCGUGGAGAUCAUGCCAGCCUGAGCUACAGGGUGAGACUUGGUCUCAAAACAAGGGCUGGAGAGAUAGCUCAGUGGUUAAGAGUGCUUGCUAUUCUCAGAGAGGACCUGGGUUCAAUACCCAGCACCCACAUCAGGUGACUCACAACAGCCUGUAACUCCAGCUCCAGAACUACCGCCAUCUUCUGGCCUCCAAGGACACUGCACUUACGUACACAUACAGCCACACACAUAGACAUAAUUAAAAAUAAAUGUUUAGAAAAAUAACAUUCUGGCCGGUGGUGGUGCACACCUUUAAUUCCAGUACUCUGGAGACAGAGUCAGGCGGAUCUCUGUGAGUUCGGGGCCAGCCUGGUCUACAGAGUGAGUUCCAGGACAGCCAGGGCUACACAGAGAAACUCUGUCUCGAAAAACCAAAA